AUGGAGGACCGCAAGAGACCCGGUGGGACUGAUGACUCUGCGCCGCCUGCAAAGAGGCAAGCCGUGACUGUCAACGGUACAAAGUCGCAUCAAGACGCUGACCUUCCAUGGAAAGAUGACAUCGAGUCAUACCAGAAGGACGCCAUCCUGCGUCAGAUGCGCGAGUACAAACGGGAGAAGAACACGGUGGAAGCCGAACUUCGCGAGAUCGAGAAACGCUCGAAACACCACGAUGAUCACCUCCGCACGAUCGAUAUCUGGUUUGAUCAGAUGCUCGACGAGAUCAAGGUUUUGAGUGGCGAAAAGCUACCCGCACCAGCGCAAGACGGUCCUGCACGCUCCAUUCCUCCUGGUCUUUUCUUCGAGGAACAGGAGAAUCUUUCGAAGCACUUGGGUACAAGGAAAGAUAAAAUAGUUUCCGCACUUUCAGGAUUGUUUGCUCGGUAUCCUCCUAGCAGCCCGGAGACUGCUGCUUUACAACAGCAAUUGUCGAAAUUAUUAGCAGCACAGAAAGAGCACAUUUGCGAAUUGCAGAGAGUCAACGCCGAAAAGGAACAACUCUCGGACCGCCUGGAUACUGCUACGCACCGUUACAUGAUCGCGGAAAAGAAGAUUGACCGCAUCAAAAGUGCCCAGGUCCAAAAGCUUGAGAAAGCUGCAAUUGCCAGCACUGCAGCGAAAGAAGAACCGUCAUCUUCUACAAAAGAGGUGGCAGAGGCUGUUAACGGGCUCGUCAGUGGUACUAUUAAUGAAGAGGUGGAGACUGCGCGAGACCAAGCACUAGCAGAAGCAGCUAAGCGGAAAGAGCAACUGGAUCAGCUAGAGGCCGAUAACAAGAAGUUGACUGAGGAAGUCACUGCUUUGAAAGUGAAGCUGACUGGUUUGUCCGACGAUGAUUACGCCAAAACCGAUCUUUUCAAAGUUCUUAAGUCACAACAUGAGGAUGUUAUCAAGCGCAUCAAUAACUUGGAGGCAACGAACAUCCAGCUACGGGAAGAGGCACAGAAAUACCAAGCAGAACGGACAGCUUACCGUAUCAAAGUGGAUGAUGAGGCACGGGCGACCAUUGGUGAAAGUGAGGGUAAUGUAGCCCGAGCUGAAGCAGACUUGGCCCGGAUCCGAAACUCUCGAGAUGAACUUCUCGCGAAGGUGUCCAUCCUUGAGGCGAGCAACACGAAUAAUGAUGCUUCGAGAGAACAGACGAAAGAGAUGGUUAGUGCGUGUGAGAGCAGGAUUGCCGCCUUGGAGUCAGAGUGCAAUCGGUUCCGCCUGCAAGCAUCCGAUUCAGAAUCGAUGGAGGGACAAUCCACAACCGCAUUGGACAGCAUGUCACCAGAGGAAUUACGCCACAAGAUCACGACUCUGGAGAGUCAGUAUAAGCUACUCAGCAACGAGUUGCCUGCAAUGGAAACGGCAUGGAAGAAGGCUCAGGCAGUUGCAAGUAAAAAGAUUUCUGAGUUGUCGACCUGGGAGGAAAACAUUUCUAGGGCCAAUGCAGACAAGGCCAAAGCCGAUCAGAAAUUCUUCGCAGCCAUGAAGGCUAAGGAGAUGCUCGAGCAACAAAUCCGUGUCCUUCGUUUGCAGGCAACGAAGAGCACCGAGAUAGUUGCGCAGUUGAAGGAUGCAGACAUGUCGAGCCGUUCUCUUGUAGAUAAGCUUGAGAAACAGUCGGCUGAAAUGAGAUCCCAAAUGGAGGAACUUUCCAUUCAGCAUCGACUCCUACAGCAGAAGGUCAACGAGGGAGGUAUCCUCUCUGAUGGUCAGAACACUCAAAUCUCCGAGCUCAAGAAGCUACUGGAAACCAAGGAUGCAAACUUCAUCGCCGCUAAGCAUGCACAAAGAGAGGCAGACGCCGAGAAGGAGAAGAUGCAGGCCCAGGUCCAAGGGUUGGAGAAGCAAUGCGAGCAUUGGAAGCAGAAGAGCUUGGGUAACCAAUCUGAUGAGGCUAGCAUGAUGCAGACUAUGCUGCAGUGCCAGAUCUGCAAGAACAACUUCAAAGACACAGCUCUCAAAACCUGCGGCCAUAUCUUCUGCAAUGGCUGCGUCCAGGACCGACUCAUCAACCGCGCUCGAAAAUGCCCCAACUGCGGCAAGGCAUUCGGCGCCAACGACACGAUGCGGGUACAUCUAUGA